GCAGCUGGGCGAAGCUUUAGCGGGCUUUCCGGGGUUUUACUCCGAUCUAACCCGGAGGGGGCGGGGGGAGUCGGCGACCCGGAGGCGGCUGCAAAGAGUGACAGAGCCGCCGACAGCAAAGCAUUUUGGCUGAAGAUGUACAGGAUAUUAGCCAUAGCGCUUUGGUGUUUUCUGCAAGCGGAGGGCAGGCAUCCAGAGAUCACCAUUCGUAGCAGCAACAAUGGCAAUUUUUUGGACAAUGACAAAUGGCUGAGCACUGUUUCCCAAUAUGACAAAGAUAAAUACUGGAACAAAUUCAGAGAUGAUGAUUAUUUCAGAAACUGGAAUCCAAACAAGCCUUUUGAUCAAGCUCUUGACCCAUCAAAAGAUCCAUGUUUGAAGGUAAAGUGCAGCCCUCAUAAAGUGUGUGUCACUCAUGACUACGAGACAGCCAUUUGUGUAAGCCGCAAACACCUUCGGCAAAAGAAAGGAAACCUUCCCCAAAGGCAUUGGACUGGAUCAUCUAAUUUAGUUAAAUGCAAGCCAUGCCCUCUGAUGCAUGCCAGCUCUGUUUGUGGCUCCGACGGACACACUUAUACCACCAAGUGCAAGUUGGAGUUUCAUGCCUGCACAUCUGGCAAAAACAUUGCAGCUCGCUGUGAAGGGCCUUGCCCAUGCCUUCCAGGACAAGAGAGUCCAAAACACAAGACUGAGAAACCUGCUUGCACAGACAAGGAGUUGCGAAAUCUUGCAUCCCGUCUGAAAGACUGGUUUGGCAGUCUUCAUGAAGAUGCGAAUCGUGUCAUCAAGCCAACAAGCUCAGAUUCAGCACAAGGCAGAUUUGAUACUAGCAUAUUACCUAUCUGUAAGGAUUCAUUGGGCUGGAUGUUCAACAAACUGGAUAUGAACUAUGACCUUCUCCUUGAUCACUCUGAGAUCAAUGCUAUUUAUCUUGAUAAAUAUGAACCAUGCAUUAAACCUCUCUUCAACUCCUGUGACUCCUUCAAAGAUGGAAAGCUUUCCAACAAUGAAUGGUGUUACUGCUUUCAGAAGCCUGGAGGCCUCCCAUGCCAGAAUGAGAUGAACAGAAUUCAAAAGAUGGGCAAAGGGAAGAACUUGAUGGGUGCCUUCAUCCCCCGCUGCAACGAAGAAGGCUAUUACAAAGCAACUCAGUGUCACGGAAGUACUGGCCAGUGUUGGUGUGUUGAUAAGUAUGGAAAUGAGAUUGCUGGCUCUAGGAAGCAAGGGACAGUUAGCUGUGAAGAAGAGCAAGAAACCUCAGGGGAUUUUGGUAGUGGUGGAUCAGUGUUAUUGUUGGACGACCUGGAAGAAGCACAUGAAGCAGCAAAAAAGGACAAACAGAAGAUACAUGUAAGAGCAGCUAAUGAGGAUGAUGAAGAUGAAGAUGAUGAUAAGGAUGAUGAAAUUGGGUAUAUAUGGUAGUUCCCAUAACUCUGAGGACUCAUGUUUUGCACAAUAUCACAAAUCAUUUCGUAACUCUGCAGAGAUAAUGGAAACAUCAGGCAUCACACACGGAGCUCAGUCAAUAGCUGUAUGGGCCUCCCAGUAUGCACCCUGAUCUCCUUCACAAUUGGGCUUUCCUUUCACUUUACUGGUAGGCAUAACUCCACAGGCACAAUGGAGAUCAGCAUGCAUACCUGAAUCUGUCACUGAAGUGAACUGGGAAGACCUUUUGCAUGUGGGUGCUCCUUGUACACAUGGGGUAACUUUAUACACACAUGUGCAUUUGGGCUCCUGUGACCAUC